UUCAUGAAAAACUUUUACAACGAGACCUAUCGAUGGAGGAACACAAUCAGCAUAGACCAUAGCUUGCUCAUGUUCCUGUGGGGCCUCACGGUUUCAUUCUUCCCGCUUGGAGGCAUAUUUGGGUCUCUCCUGGUCGGCCCGCUGGCGGAUAGUUGCGGCAGGAAAGGUACUUUGCUGAUAAAUAACAUUUUGGCCAUCGUCUCUGCGAUCCUUGUGAGCUGUUCCAAAGCAGUCCGUACCUACGAAUUCAUCAUCUUUUCACGUUUGAUCAUUGGUGUGUGUGCAGGGAUCUCCUUUAGCGUUGUCCCCAUGUACCUCACAGAGAUAGCCCCCGACAACCUGCGAGGAGCCAUCGGCAUGAUGGGCCAUCUCUUCAUCACCUUCGGCAGCCUGGUGGCUCGCAUAUGUGGCCUUCGUGAAGUCCUAGGGACCCAAGACGGUUGGCCAAUCUUGCUGAGCCUCACUGGGCUCCCGGCGUUACUUCAGGCCAUCCUACUCCCCUACUUCCCUGAAAGUCCUCGGUAUCUCCUGAUUCAGAGGAAGGACAAAGAAGCAGCAAGGCAAGCCUUAAAGACCCUCAGAGACUGUGAUGAUGUGGAAGGUGAAAUAGAAGAUCUCCACCAGGAGGCCCUCUCUGAGAGUACAGAAAAGGAAAUUGACCUCUUUACCAUUCAUCGCUUUGAGGAUGUCCGGCGCCACCUCGUCUCCGCCAUUGUCUUGAUGGGUGGGCAGCAGCUGUCUGGCGUCAACGCGGCACACCAUUAUGCAGAGAGACUCUACCAGUCUACAGGAUUAGAAGAUCAUAUCGUUGGGUAUAUUGGCAUGAUGAUAUCCAUUCUCCUUAUGUUUAUAACUCUGCUAGCGAUUUGUGUUGCUGAUUCUUCUGGGCGGAAGACUCUCCUCCUUACCGGCUUGGGGUUCUGCAGCACCUCUUGCAUCCUGUUAGCCAUGUCCAUCGAACUUCAGAAGACCAUUUCUUGGAUGUCUUACUUCAGUUCCUCUUUCGUCAUCAUCUUCCUGAUCGGACAGUCUGUUGGGCCAGAUCCAGUGUUGUCAGUGUUAAUAGCAGAGCUGUUCCUUCAGUCAUCCCGGUCCACCGCCUUCGUGAUUGGGGGAUGUGUGCAUUGGCUCUGCAAAUUUCUGAUCGGGGUAGCCUUCCUUCAUCUAGAGAUUCACAUCGAGCCUUACAGCUUUCUCCUCUCUUGGCCUCUCUGCGUAGCCACCUUAAUUUAUUCCUCCAAGGUGAUCCCGGAAACCACAGGCCAGAGCUUCCUGGAGAUCAGGAGAUCCGUGGCACUCCAUGUGACCCGGAGUCUCCUGCUCAGGCAACUGGCAGAGAACUAGAAACUUGGGAGGCACACCAUGCAGCGAUUGAUCUGUACAUAUUUUUUACCAGCACAGAUCCCAAGAGAUAUCUCACUGUCGUCUUACAGUUGUCUUGACCCAGAUCUUUUGGCAUGUUUGUGACAGCAGCUUCUCGUCUGGUCUGCAUGCUUUUUGCCUUUUUUUGUACACAUCCUAACUUUCCUAUUUUCCUGUUAUUUUUUUUAAUUUGAU